GUAAGUUCAUUCGCGGAAGUGGCAGGAGAGGCAACUCAAGCGACGGAGAAGAGUUUGUUGUUUAUUCCCCGUAUUCCCGCGUCGCAGCCUUUUCAAAAUGUCGGCAUUUGAUAGCAACCCGUUCGCGGAGCCUGCCAGCGACAAUCCUUUCAAUGACCCGGCGGUCACACAAGUGACCAGCUCCAAUGUAGAACCAGUGGACCAGUACAACCCGUUCCCCGCUCAUCCCACAGACAAUCUAGCUGCUCACACCACUCCAGCCUCCACCUCUCCCUACCAGCCUGCUGUGUUACAGCCGUCCACAGAGCCCACUCCCAAAGCGACGGCCGCUGUAGCUCAGGCCAAUCUGCUGAAGCAGCAGGAGGAGCUGGAGAGGAAAGCUGCCGAGCUGGACCGCAGAGAGCUGGAGCUCCAGAGCCGAGGCUCGUCAGGUAAAGAGAACAACUGGCCUCCACUCCCCAAGAGCUUCCCCAUCAAACCGUGUUUCUAUCAGGACUUCUCGGAGGAAAUCCCCGAGUCCCAGAGAGUCUGCAAGAUGAUUUACUAUCUCUGGAUGUUCAACUGUAUGACUCUGUUCCUCAACCUGCUGGCGUGUUUGGCGUACUUCACCACUAAUGCGACCUACGGAGUUGAUUUUGGGCUCGCCAUCCUCUGGCUCAUCCUCUUCGCGCCAUGCUCCUUCCUCUGCUGGUACCGGCCCGUCUACAAGGCCUUCAAGACUGACAGCUCCUUCAGCUUCUUCUUCUUCUUCUUUGUGUUUUUCUGCCAAGUGGUGAUCUUCAUCAUCCAGUCCGUAGGAAUCCCCAGGUGGGGGAACAGCGGUUGGAUCACUGCCUUCUCCGUCAUGGCUGAUAACAAGGCAGUGGGAGCCAUCAUGAUCAUCGUGGCCAUCCUCUUCACCAUCUGCGCUGUGCUGUCAGUCAUCCUGAUCAAGAUGGUCCACAGCAUGUACCGCCGGACCGGAGCCAGUUUCCAGAAGGCCCAGCAGGAAUUCUCGCAGGGCGUCUUCACCAAUAAAACCUUCCAAACAGCUGCUGCCGGUGCGGCGUCCUCCGCUGCACAGGGAUCCUUCCAGGGAAACUAACCGAUGGUAGACUGAGCUGGGCUCCGUUUAGCAGGUCAAGGUCUAUGUCUUAUCGGGUCUAGAAUGAUUCUUUAAAACCAAGCUGAAGGAAUCAGGAAGUAGAGGUUCAGUGGGAACGUAUUUCACUCUAUAACACAGCUCCUGUCUUUUUGAUCUGACCUGAUAAUGCAUAGACCUUGAGCUAAGGGGAGGCUACAUCAUUAGCCUCCUUCCUAUCGAUGCACGUGUAAUUCCCCAUGUUAACUUUGCUUCUCAUGUCUCCUGCAGAGUGACUUUCGGCUCUGUUUGCAGAAAGCAGCCGGGGGGUUGGGGG